CGCGAUUACACGACGACGACAUCAUUCCGCAUAAUGCUAUCCUGGAUUACGGGCUCCAAGGGCGCCGAAGAGAUCGAAGAUCCCUUCCCUGAAGCGCCAGAAACACCAGCCCAUGUCUUUGCAGCACGCGCAUUCAAGCAUGCCAUCUUUGGCACUCCUGCUCCUCCGACCGAGGCCAACUACAUACAAGAUACUAUCAUCAAACAAUCUAUUGAGGUCGACUCGAAGCCACGUACUGUAGCUGUGGAGAUGCCAACUCGUUCGCAAGACGACAUGAACGCAAUCGCAUUGCCCUCAGCACCUGGAAUGUCACCUACCAAGCCGAAUGGCAUUCUCAUGACCCCUGGAACAACCAGACGAAACAAGACUGUCUCUUUUGGUGCCCAAGUUAUCGACAACGAAGCCAAAAACCAAGCUAGAAGCGGCCUUCCAAAUGCCUUCCCUGGAAAGUUCCCAAGUCCGUGGACAUCAAAGGACACCGAUGGCCUUGGUCAAUCAGCCUCGGCCUCGAGUAGAGCGCGAACUAAGCUCACUGCUCAACUGCAGGAAGUUCGCGACUCGGCGCAGAAGGGGAAAACGACCCAAAUUCAGAGAGCCAAAGACGACACCGACCUGACCAUGGACUAUAUGGAGCCCCGGUCACAAUCAGGAAAGUACUGGAAGGGAGAGUACGAGUCGUAUGCCGAGAACACUCAGCGAGAGAUGAAGAAGCUAGUCAUUAAGCAAAAGGCCGCAAAGGACUACGCAAAGGAAAAGGAGGAAGAAGUCACGGAUCUACAAGCAAAGCUACGUCAAGAGAGGCUCAAGGUCGAGAAGCUCGAGGCCAAGACGAAGGAGCUGGCUGCACAGAUGAAGGAGUUUGAGAAGAAGAUUUCGGGUCAGACAGGUCAGGAUACACAAAGCGACAUUGCCAGAUUCAAGGCAGAGAACGAACACCUUCGCCAUGAUCUUGACCAGGUCUUGGGAAAGAAAGGUGGUCUCUCAAACAGCCCGAAGCGCAAGACACCGAAAGCCGCUUCAGCAGGUGAUCUCAGGGCCAACGCUGCCUUCUCAAGUCCGUUCGUGGAUGACGCCGCGGAUAAGGAUCAGUCGCCUCUACGAGCAAGAGACAACAACAUUCAAAGCCAGGCACCAAAGGUCGGAAAGCCCAAGGUGACCAAGAGCACACAUACAAAACGUCUCAGCGAAGACACUUUUGACAUUUCGGCUCUUCCGCAGCCAUCGCUCGAGCCACUACCUCGCACAACUCCUCGCAGCAGCAGAAAGACUACAGCGGAUAUGACCAUCGACGAACUGGUUGAGAAGUACUCGCCAGAAAAGCCACAGUUCGAUCGCCUUGCGCUGCCUCUAGGCAUCGGUACCACUUUGAACUUUGGGUCGAGCAAACCUGAGAUCAAGCCUCCGACCACUUCUCGAGAUCUUGAGAGCGGCAAACCUCAGGUAGUUCAGUCAAAGAUUUUGAGUCUGAGUGAUGAGAGGAAAGCCAAAGCCCAAGCACGCAUCGAGGCAAGAAGGCUGUCGAAGCUGGCUGCAGCAUGAGCGGCUUCUGGUGGAUGGUUACACGAAUUAUGCAUUGCUGGCGAUUUUCUAUUCUGUUGAUACACGUUAAUUGAUACCCCAUUUGAUUGUUCACACUUCUCUCU